AUGACUCCCUCCCUUUCAGUCCUGCUGUGCCUUGGGCUGUGUCUGUGCAAGAGGACAAGGACCCAGGCAGCAGACAGAUUCCCCAAACCCUCCCUCAGGGCAGAGAAUGGCUCUUUGGUGCCCCAAGGGGGAGCUGUGACCCUCAGGUGCAGGGGGUCAGGGGAGGCUGAAGAGUGGCAGCUGGAGAAAAGAGGAGGAUCUGGAUGGUCACUGAUCAAAUUUGUGAGAGGAGCUGGACAUGAGGUGGAGUUUUCCCUCCCAUCCCUGACAUCAUAUGAUGCAAGGACUUACAGGUGCUGCUACAAACAUUCAUCCUUCAGGUGGUCAGAGUGCAGCGAGCCCCUGGAGCUGGUAGUGACAGGCCUCUAUGCUCGGCCCUCCCUGGCAGCCCUGCCCAGCUCUGAGGUGGCCUCAGGACAGGACGUGACCCUGCAGUGUUGGUCAGAGCUGUGGUAUGACUGGUGUGUCCUGUACAAGGAGGGAGAAGAGAUCAGCCGCAGCAGGACCCAGAGCCAUGAAAGGGGGCAUCAGGCUGACUUCCCCAUCCCUGCUGUGAAUGUGACCCACAAUGGCACUUACCGAUGCUACGGCUUUUAUAGUUCUUACCCCUAUAAGUGGUCCUCCCCCAGCGCCCCCCUGGUGCUCAGGGUCUCAGGGACCUUCUCUUCAAGCCCUGAGUCUGAGAACAGGCCCUCAGGUCUCUCCUGCCUCCAAGUGGGCAUCCUGGUGGGCGUCUCAGCCUUCCUCAUCCUGACUUUCCUCUUCCUCUCCCUCCUUUGCCUUCGCUGCUGUUGGCAUCAGCCCAGACUGGGGAAAGGGGACAGAGAGACAGAAAUCAAGACCGCCAGGAGCUCAGAACCACCUGUGACCACCCUGGAGGAGACCAUGUAUGCUGCUGUGAAUGAUGACAGACAGACAGAGGAUGCCAGACAAGAGGACACAACUACUCUCCAAAGAGAAGACCCUCAGGAAGUGACCUACGCCCAGUUGAAUCACAAGAGCCUCAAGUGUGGGGCUGAGCCCCCUCCCCAAUCUGGCCCAGUGGAGCCCAGUGUCUAUGCUGCCCUUUGGUAAGCUUGGCUGAAACCUGGAAGA